AUGUCCGAGGAAUCUUUCCCCUGGGACAUUGGUGUCCAUGAUGCCCACUGCCACCCCACCGACACCAUGCCUUCCAUCGCCAGCAUCCCAGACAUGAAGGCAGCCACGCUGACAGUGAUGGCCACGCGCGGGCAAGACCAAUCCCUGGUCCAGCAGGCAGCGCAGUCCCACCCAGAGCGCAUACUGCCAUGUUUCGGCUGGCAUCCGUGGUUCUCGCACCAGAUCCGGGACGACACAAACGAGCCCGAGCACGGGAAGAAUGAUCAUGAUGCUACCCAACAGAAAAUCAACCACUACGCCUCUGUACUUACACCCUCGUCGGUCGACGACCCGACCUUUGUGGAUGCAUUGCCCACGCCGAUUCCGCUGUCCACACUUAUCGCUGAUACCCGCGCCCGCCUACAAUUGUUCCCCCGUGCGUUGGUUGGCGAGGUGGGGCUGGAUCGUUCGUUCAGACUGCCCAGCGCGUGGACGCUACAGGAGCUCAAUACACGAGACACCCAAAUUACCCCCGGGUCGCGGGAGGGCCGUCGCCUUUCGCCGUACUGCGUCAAGCUGGACCAUCAGCGGGUGGUACUCAAGGCACAGCUGCGGCUGGCAGGCGAAAUGGCUCGGGCUGUAUCACUACACAGUGUGAAGACACAUGGAGUUGUCCUGGAUGUCCUAAAGGAGCUGUGGGCAGGUCAUGAGCGAGUCGUGCUCUCAAAGCGGGCGAGAGAGAAGCUGCAGGAUGCAGAGGGUGUGGUCUUCGACGACUCCGAGGAGGAAGAUCAAAAGGAUAACAAUGGUAAACAACAUACUACCACCACCACACCCGGCGGUAUCAACCAUACCUCAGCCACCUCAGUCCACGCAGCUUCGCCCUCUCCCCCAUCCCUGCCUUUCCCACCACGUAUCUGCCUGCACUCCUACUCCGGCACCAUCGAGCCGGUGCGCCCAUUCCUGAACCGGUCGAACCCCUCUGACAUCUACUUCUCCUUUUCGACGGUCAUCAACUUCGGUGGGGCGCGUGUGGGAAAAGUGGGUGAUGUGAUCAAGGCACUGCCUGCUGACCGGGUGCUCGUCGAAAGCGACCUCCACACAGCGGGGCCGGAGAUGGACGAGCUGCUGGAGCAGGCGGCACGCCAGAUCUGCGAGCUGCGUGGCUGGGGGCUGCGGCAGGGUAUGCAGCAGCUGGCAGAGAACUGGAAGAGAUUUGUUGCUGGCUGA